AUGGAACCAAAGAGUUAUAGACAAAAGCCGAUUACUAAAAUAAAACUUUUCUUUCUCAAACACAAUAAUUUUCAACUCAAAAUCAAUGUGAUAAUUCAACACAUUAAUUUAAAACAACAACAACAACAUGCAGCACGUUCUAUAUACUGUUACGAGUGUGAUUCCUGGACUGAUGCUAGAUGUAAGGAUCCCUUUAACUAUACGGCAUUGCCAAGAGAUCAACCACCCUUGAAGAAAUGUUAUGGUUGCUGUGUUAAAAUGGUGCGACACUCAAAAUCACUUUAUGAAGUUGUUCGGCGUAUGUGUACGUCACAAUUACAAAUAAAUUUAUUUAUGGUCGAUCAUGUGUGCAUGAUGGAAAGUUCAGGCAAUGGACAUAUGUGCUUUUGUGAGGAAGAUAUGUGCAAUUCUAGUAAAAAUUUAUACACUUCAUCCAACAUACCAUACAUAGUAGUUACAUUACUAACCAUAUUGGUAGUGCUAAAUACACGUCUCUUACAUUCAAUAUCUGCAUCUGCAUCUUCAUCAGCAUCUUCUACUAUAACAUCUAUUUUGAAUUCUGUAACAUUUAGAUAAAUACUUGAAUAUCUUUCACUUACAUACAUAUAGAUAAACAAAACACACACAUACAUACACACAGUUACAAUACACUCAUAGAUAUUAUCUACUACUUUUACUUUAUCUUCUUCUUCUCAUAUAUAAAAAUAUAAAACUAUAUAUCGUCUCGUAUUUCGUAGAGUUUGUAUUGCUAUUAAAGACAUGUUUGAAACAACAACAACAACAAAAACAACUAAAAAACUUUACUACUAUUUGAUUUUUUUAU